CUCCCCGGCUCCGGCGCAGCGGGAAAGGGUUCAGAGGCGCGGAGCUAGCCGCCGGCGGGAUGCGGCGGGUCAUCCGCCCGAGCCCCCCAUGACCUGCACGAGAGAUGCACGGCUGCAGCUGGGCCGGGAAGCCCUGCAGGCGACGCCUACAUUGCUGGUCCCCGCGGUGCUGCUGGGCGCCUUACUCGGCCUGGGCCUUGGCCUGUGGCUCGGCUGUCGCGCGAGCCGCUUCCGCGCGCGGCUCCAGAAAGAUGACAGGAAACGUCUGCUCAGGAGUUCAGAGGCCCCUGCACAGAGCCUACGGGAUACUGACUCCCAAGCCAGGAGACGACAGAGAGAAACCACUCGGGACGAAGAUGCCCCUGAGGUGUGUGAGCCAUCCUUGAGUGGCAACAUCACGGCGUUUGCACUGAAAGCCAGAGUUGUCUAUCCCAUCAACCAGAAGUUCCGGCCUCUGGCUGAUGGAUCCUCCCACCCAUCGCUGCAUGAAAACUUGACACAGGCAGCUACCAUCCUGCCCCACCUGCCCCACCAGCCAGCAGAGACCUCACCAGCCAGCAGCCUGGGCAGCCUGAGCCAGGCUGGCAAGGAGGAUGGCAGCUCCUCCUCCAGCAUGCGUUCAACCUACAGCGAUGACAGGAUCCUCCAAUGUGCCUUCCUCCGGGUGGGCAGCUUCCCUGAGAUUCUGGCCUGUGAGAGUGUAGAUAUUGACCUGUGUGUCUGCAGCCUUCACCUGAAAGACCUACUUCAGGUAGACACAGCGCUGAGGGAGGAGAAGCACCUGAUGUUCAUUCAGAUUCUUAAGGCAUGCCUCCUGGAUUUUUUUCCUAAAAAGAAGCCUGAUGAUGAAUUAUACCAGAAGAUUCUUUCCAAACAAGAGCAUGAUUUGGAGGAAUUAGAAAAGGGACUUCAGGCCAGAUUGGAGAACACAGAAAUGUUAGGCACCGGUGACUCUGGCUAUGUUUCCCUGGCAGAUGUGGAGAGAAAGGAGAGAGAGCUCUCGGAGCUGCUGAUAGACAAUAUGGGAGCCUUCUGGAAGCAGAUGGAAAGCAUCCAGCCCAUUCUCAUGGACCAGUUUAAGUGUUCCAGCUCCAAGGCACGGCAGCUCAUGAUGACUCUGACGGGAAGAAUGAUCAUUGCUGAAGGGCUGCUGCAUGACUCUCAGGAUCUGCAUGUCCUGGACACCCUGGAGAGGACAAUGGGUCGAGCCCACAUGGCAAGAAUGGUAGAGUUCCUGAGGACUCAGAUCCAGGAGGAGACCAAGUGCCGGCUUGCCGCCAUCUCCCAUGGCCUGGAGCUGCUGACUGUCCAAGGGCAGCUGUCUGUGAGGCAGAAGGAGGGACUUCUGACCCAGCAGCACAAGGCCUUCUGGGAGGAGGCAGAGUGCUUUGGCAGAGAAUUUAUGCAGCGGGGCAAAGACCUGGUUCAAGCAUCUCAAGCUCACCAGGCAGAGGCAGCAGCGGCGCUUACACAGGCCCAGGAAGAAGAACGGAGGGGUUUCCUGGCUGAUACCCAGCUGACCUCAGAUCCAGGGGAGUUCCUCAAGGCUUUUCAUGAGAUCCUAGAGAGGCAGCGGCUGACACGGAGUGACCAGGAGGGGGAGGAGGACACCCGGAUCACUGAGACCAUGGCCACACUCUGCCAAGAGCUGUACUGUGGCACCAUGGAAACCUUCCAAAAGUUUGUGGACACCCUGUUCCUGAAGACCCUCCCAGAAGUGAGCAGCCUCCCUAUGGCAGAAUGUGAGGCCCUGAGACAGCAGGUCCAGGAGCAGGCAGCAAGACAGCUGGGGCAGGCAGACCGAUUCCGCAGACGACAGUGGGGACUCCUGUGUGACCUCUUGGAGCAGGACAAAAGGGUGUGGCUGGAGGAGUGUACGCUGUCCGCAGUGCUGCAGAGGCAGCUGCGGGAUCACCAUGAGAGCACCAUCCACGGGGUCCUGAGCCGAUUCAGUGGCCUCUCCGAAGAGUCCACACGAGGCAUCCUGCAGGGCCACGAGCUGCUGCUGUGCUCUGCUCUGCGCAGACUGGCCCUCCGAGGCACCACCAUUACUGCCCUGGCUCAGAUGAGGCUGUCUGGGAAGAAGAGGCUCCUUCAGGAGCUCCAUGAGCAGCUGGCUUUAGAGCAGGGUGUGUCCCCAUGCCUGGAGGAGCAUCAAUGGCAGCUGCUCAGAGCCCUGGAGGCACGGAUCCAGGAGGAGGCAGCCAGGUUGGAGGAUGAGGCACAGCAGACCGGUCUGAGGCUCCAGCAGCAGCUGCUGGCAGAGGCGCAGGAGGCAGGGCAGCUGCUACAGCUGCACUCAGAGCGGGCCAUUGGACAGGCACUGCUGGUCCAUGCUAGGAAUGUGGCCAGCAAAGGCCGGACCAGAGAUAAGGAAGACUUUAAGAGGACACUGGUGGAGACGGUGGUGGAGAGUGUGUAUGUGACCAGCACUAGUGUCGACCGCCUCGUGCAGGUGCAUUACCAGGGCAUCCGGAAGCUCCUGCAGGACCAUGAGGAACAAUUGCUGCAGCGCCUGAAGACCCUGCAGGGUGAGAGAAUCAAUGCUUACAAACUGUGGAAGAAGCAGGAAUUCAGUGACCCAUCGGAGAUCCAAACAGCGGAUGGUACCCACGGAGCUUCCCAGGCAGUACAGCAGAGGAUGCUGUCACAGCAGAAGAAGCUCCUGGACCAGUUCACAAAGCACCAGCAGGGCCGCCUGAACUGUCAGAGGCAGAAGGCACAAGAGCUGGACCAACUGGAAGCCCAGCUUGAGACCCAGCUGCAGGAAGCUGAGCAGAACCUUAUCUCAGAGCUAGCGGCAUUGGCCAGGGUGCCCCUCCCUGAGAACAAGGCCUUCUCCAACAAACGAGGACUGCCAGAGAAGCCAGUGAGGACCAAAAGGAAGAAGCCCCCACCUCGGGAGAGAGAGGACCUGGGGCUAGCAAACGUUGACCACCCUGCUUUGGCUGACCACACGGCAGAACCACUCAGGUGUGAGGGGUUCCAGCCCACUGCCUUUCUCCUGCCCCCUGUCAAGUGUCUGGAGUCUGGGAGUGACUCUUCUCAAGGUGCUCAUGUGAGGCCCAGGAAGUGCUAGGGCUGUGAUUUGAGAAUGGUGGGCGUGGAGGCACCACAACAGGAGGUGCCUGCUCUGCUGGGACCUUUCGUUUGUGAAUCAGCUCUAGGGCUGCUGGGUUAACUGAGCCAGGAUCUCCAUUGUCCUCUGGCACUGGGUAGCUUCUGCCUGCUUUUGAUGUAUCACAUGCACUAGGAGGUUUCACUUCUUCUGGCUGGUCCUGCACCCACAGUGCAACACACUCGGCAUCGCCUCCCAUCCAUGUCCGCAGCAGCGGAAGGCUGGGUCAGCAGGACAGCGAAGCUGACUAUGGAGAAAGCACACGGAAGAUACUGCAGGAGAGAAGCGAUCUAUAGUUGGAGCCCUGCUGAGAUGGGCCUGCCGUGUACCUCACUUCCUCUGUGUGACUGGGGGACAGAAGAAGAGGCCAGUCUUGAGAGAGGGGGAUGUCACCUGCCUUAGAAAGUAAAGAUGGCGAGACAAUAGCACCAAGUGCCUGGGAUCAUUGGAGAUGGUGGGAACAUGCUCUCAUGAAUGUAGCAUCCCAACUUUCACCCUGGUCCUCUUGCCCUGGUCUCUUCCUCCCUCAGGAGGACCCUCUACCCCUGCCCUCCAGCCUCACACAGUGUCUUGGUGCUGCCUAAUAGUCUGGUUAGAGAUUGGAGAUGCAUGCAUGAGGUCCUGCCCAUUCAAGUCUUAGCAUAGCUGGUAUUUUUGGACCUGAGGCCACUGGUUCACCUCCACUGUUCCACAGUCCUCUCCUGCCCCUGGCUCUGCCUGCCAGGGUCCCGAUCAGGACCAGCCUUUGGCCUUGGUAUUUCUAUCUGUUAGCUCAGGUAGCCCUGAAACCUGGCCACCCAAGGAUGUGUGAGUCCUAAGGCCAAUGUUUGUGGCAUAGCCACACACAGACCUGUUCUGAACCACUUGGAACAUGAGGACCACACUUGCCUGUCAUCUACCACAAGAGGUCCUCUGUGGGCAGGGACGCUGUUCCUACCAUUAGGCUUCACUGAGGAUAGGAAACCUUCCCCUGAGGAGACACUACAGGUCACCUGCCCCUUCUGAAGGAUGACGAGGGCUUCCAUAAGCUUUCAGACAAGCCACACUUGCCCUAUAGGCCGGAGACCUUUCCCACCCGGGAGGCUGUCUCAUCCAGCAGCAUCAAGGAUUCCCAGUCAUCACUGUCAGCAUUUGAGCAUGACUACUCACUGUUCGGGUGUGAAAGCUGCUGGUGCCAAAGAUGGAGCCUCUCGUGUCAGACCCAGACUCAGGCGGAGCUGGGAGGUUGGGGUGGCACACACUGGUACGUUUGAGAUGAGAGCUGUCACUCAGUGGAAACUCACCUUCAGGUUCGCCGUUCUUAGGAGGCACCUCCCAAGGAACACCAGUGUGUCUGGGAAUCACUAAGGAUCGGCUGAGGCAGCAAGCAACAUUCCUUCUUCUUCCCCCACUUCUGUUCCCCAGCCUUUUGUGCCUUAAGCUCCUUGCACAGGAGCCAACCCUGGCUCCUUCUGAAUAAAGAACUCCACCUCA